AUGCAGGUUAUGGCGUUUACGCAGAUCGUUGUGUUGGCGUUUGUUGUGUGCAUGGUUGGCGCAAAUUCGAUACGCGCUAAGCGACAAUUAAGUCCAGCCGUUCGACUCGAAACGGAAUUGCAUCCUCUUGUCAUGGGCAUGUAUGGAUUCGGGCCAGAGAAUAACGCUUACAAACGAUCGGCAUUGAGUCUGAAACGCCACAUUUCCCCGUCAUUCGAUGUCGAAGAAGAUGUUGGCAAUAUGCGUGCACUCAUGGAUAUCGGCAAACGUCAACUCAGUGUUGCUGAUGAUGUCGGCCGACAGAUGCAGAUGUAUCAUCGACUUUUCGAAGCUGGUAAGAAACGUGCCGCACUGUCGCCAUCACAAGAUCUGCAAAGUGCCGUAGAACUGAGCAACUAUUUGGAAAGAGCCGGAAGAAAAUAG